UGUGUCAGUUCAGUCAUAAAGGGGGAAGUGUGGGGAUUGCCCGUGAUUAUUGUUGUUCUGGGCGCAACAUACGCAAAUAUGUCCACUGUGGACGCUGCUGUGAAUCUCAUAGUUCUACUUAUCGGAGUAGCCAUGUUAGUCUGUAUCCACAAAAACAACAAAGCGUCCGGUGGUACCUUAAAGACUAACAGAUUUAUUUGGGUAUAAACUUCCGUGGCUAAAAUCUACUUCUUCAGAUGCAUCUGAAGAAGUGGGUUUUACCCACUAAAGCUUAUGCCCAAAUAAAUCUGUUAGACUUUAAGGUGCCACCGGACUCCUUAUAUUUCUACUUAUUAAGAUAUCUGUUUUUUGGGACAUCUUCUUAAAAUUUUUUGUGCUGAUUGUAGUUACAAGUGAAUCAUAAGAUCAGUGUAACGGAACAAAUGCAAAAUGUUGUUUCUUGGUUUCUGUUUUGCUUCAUUCCUGUGUGCAUUAACCAGUACUUUGUUUUAUAGUCAAUUUUACUGGUAUAUGCUAUGUAGUCACCUUUCCCCAUUCACACUUGUUUUUGUGUGACAUGCACUACAGUACUGGGAGAGGAAAACAUUUUAAAGAACAGUAAAAUAUGACAGGUUUCAGAGUAGCAGCCGUGUUAGUCUGUAUCCGUAAAAAGAAAAGGAGUACUCGUGGCACCUUAGAGACUAACAAAUUUAUUAGAGCAUAAGCUACACGAAAGCUUAUGCUCUAAUAAAUUUGUUAGUCUCUAAGGUGCCACGAGUACUCCUUUUCUUUUUAGUAAAAUAUGACUGCAAGACCACAAAGAUUGAGUUGGAUUUCAGUUUGAGUGUACCCCUUUCACAUCCAUUGUUUCCAAUCUAUGUAAAUAUUUAAGGUAAUGUGCUGCUAGAGAUUCACUGCUGAUAUAGUAGAGGGAACCGAUUGGUUACUUUGUUCUCUAGUCACAGUUAUUAGGCACAGAAAUAUUCACACUAGUCUGUUUCACAAUUACUUGUUUUGUAUUUGUAUCGUUGUUUCAAUACUUAUAUUCUAAUAGCACUAAGAGGCUUUAGUUAUGAUUUGAGCACUAUUUGUUCUGAUUUUUUUUUUUUUAUUAUAAACAAGUGCACCUAAUGCCAAGCUUUGGGCACCUUGACAGUUUCUUAAAGUACACUGCACUAACACAGACAGACUACAGCAAUUAUCCACAGAUCAUAAUAACCGGGCUGCAGCAUAAAACAAAUGUAAUACCCCCUAACAGAAUUACUGGUCGUUCUCCUAUCACUACCCAGCCAUGCCCAUCUCCCUAAAUCUUUAUGUUCUGUGGAGAAAAAGAGAGGUCUUGAAGUGUGUCCUGGAGGUUAACUAAGCGGUUACAGGACACCCUGCUAGCAGCCUUCUCUCUCUUGUAUUGGUGGGAGCAUCCUGUAGCUUAGGAGCCUCUGGUUUCCACAACUGUGGCAAUGGAUCAAAGUGACAGAAGAAGUCUCUUGGAUAGCUAGGUCCCAGGCCAGGUAGGGUUUUACAGGUCAAACAAAAUCUUAAAAUGAAGAAGCCAAUGGAUUAUAAUCUAUGCAGGUUGAAUUCAGGUUUGAUGUGCUCACAAAAAGAAAUGCUGCUUAACAAGCCAGGUUCUGAAUUCUGCAGCUCCUAGGUGGAUUUAAGGCAAAGAUAAAGAUGUUUUAUUUUCUUUGGCUAUUAAUCUAAUGCUGUCCUCGCUUUGGAGAAAGAUGAAAAAUGAUAAAUAAGAAAAAACGCCCAAAAGAAUAGUUUGACACUGACACAUUGCAUAAAUUAGGUGACCAUACCAGAUGCAUUUUCAUCUAGGUGCAUUGAUUACUGAACUUGGUGAGAAAUAAGAGACCUCAGAUGGAAAAUCUUUUGUUUGUUAGGUGUUUUGUAGAUUAAUGCUGAAUACUUUCACCUAUAAGAGGCAAUAUAAUUUUAAAAAAAUCAGAAAUAGGUAACAUUUAAUACAUCGUAUUUUUAGAAAAAGUUUUAUAGCAGUCAACAGCUUUCAGAUUCCUUCAAAGGACAGUAUGUAAUAUAAAUGGGACAGCAAAAUCUCUCAAGUAUUUUUUAAAACAAUUUGAAAUUUAAAUAUCAUCCAAUGAAAGGUAAACCUGACAAGAGCAUCAUAGAGCAUCCAAUAAAUGUAGAAGCCUCCAAAGGAAGAGAACAAAAGCUACCUCAGGAUGUAUGAUCUCUGCACCUAUAUGUCUGUUUAAAUUCCUGAAUUUGCCUUCUCCCAGAAAAAAACAAAACCAUCAACUUACUACUUCCAUUUGACAGAACAAGCAUUGUCAACUGCUUCAUGGUUUCUGCAUCACGCUUGCAUUUUAGAGCUGUGUAAUUGGCUUUAUGAACAGAGUUUGCAGCUGAAAACAUUUUUGGCCUGUUUUUGAGACUUUUUAGCCAUGACUAAAAGAGAUGCAGAGGAGCUGAUAGAAAUAGAAAUUGAUGGGACUGAGAAACAGGAGUGCACUGAAGAAAGCAUCGUUGAGCAGACGUACACCACAGCAGAAUUUGUGAGUCAGGCUAUUGACAUCAAUGAACCAGUUGGAAAUCUUAAGAAGUUGUUGGAACCAAGACUUCAGUGUUCCUUGGAUGCACAUGAAAUCUGCCUGCAAGAUAUCCAGCUGGACCCAGAUCGCAGUCUCUUUGAUCAAGGAGUAAAGACAGAUGGAACAGUACAGCUUAGUGUACAAGUAAUAUCCAGGCAAGGAAUAGAGCCCAAGUUAAACAUCCUUGAAAUUGUAAAGCCUGUAGAAACUGUGGAGGUAGUUAUCGAUCCGGAUGCCCACCAUGCUGAAGCUGAAGCUCACCUUGUUGAGGAAGCCCAAGUGAUAACUCUAGAUGGAACAAAACACAUUACAACAAUAUCAGAUGAAACUUCUGAGCAAGUGACUCGAUGGGCUGCAGCACUGGAAGGCUACAGAAAGGAGCAAGAACGCCUUGGAAUACCCUAUGACCCUGUACAGUGGUCAACAGACCAAGUACUCCACUGGGUGGUAUGGGUGAUGAAGGAGUUCAGCAUGACUGACAUAGACCUCAAUACUCUUAGUAUUCCAGGCCGAGAGUUAUGUAGCCUCAAUCAAGAGGACUUCUUCCAGAGGGUCCCUCGGGGAGAAAUCCUUUGGAGCCACCUGGAGCUUCUUCGAAAAUAUGUAUUGGCUAGCCAAGAACACUCUGGAGAAAUAGCAACAGUUACUAUUGAUCAGCCUGUGCAAAUUAUUCCAGCAUCUGUACAGCCUGCUACCCCAACCACCAUUAAAGUAAUAAACAGCAGUGCAAAGGCAGCUAAAGUACAAAGAGCACCAAGAAUCUCAGGAGAAGACAGAAGUUCACCUGGGAACAGAACAGGAAACAAUGGCCAGAUUCAGCUAUGGCAGUUUUUGCUAGAACUUCUUACUGACAAAGAUGCUCGAGACUGUAUUUCUUGGGUUGGCGAUGAAGGGGAAUUUAAACUGAAUCAACCUGAGCUGGUUGCACAGAAAUGGGGACAACGUAAAAAUAAACCCACCAUGAACUAUGAGAAGCUUAGUCGUGCUCUACGGUAUUACUAUGAUGGCGAUAUGAUCUGCAAAGUACAAGGCAAGAGGUUUGUGUACAAAUUUGUCUGUGACUUGAAAACUCUCAUUGGCUAUAGCGCAGCAGAGCUGAACCGGUUGGUCACAGAGUGUGAGCAAAAGAAACUGGCAAAGAUGCAACUCCAUGGCAUUGCACAGCCAGUCACAGCAGUAGCACUAGCUACAGCAUCCCUGCAAACUGAGAAAGACAAUUAAGCAUAAGGACCUGAAAGUGGGAGCCUGAGGCCUUUCUUAUAUACCCAGAGCAGUUAUCUUUAUCAGAAUCGGAAACUUCUUUUUAUUCCUUGACAGUACAAUAUGAUGCAUGAUUUUCUACAAAGAACUGAGACUCCCAUAAAUUUGGAUCUUUAACACACUGAAAUAUAUGCUAUGUUAAGGGAUCACCACACCUUCUUCAAUAUGAAGACAGACCCACUGUGUCAUGUAGUCUGCUGAAAUUGGUGAGGAAAGCUGAACUGGUUCAUGUUGUAUGUCCAGCCCUACAAAAUAUUUUUUGCAGCAUUUUAAGAAAAGUGAAGCAUUUACAGGAAACAGACUGGUCAAUAGUUUAAAUUCAGCCCUUUCUGAUAUUUUUUUAUUCUUUAUUGAACUACAAAAUGGAAUUGGAUGCUUACACAGUUAAAGCAGGAGCUGCCCUUAAACAUGCCUGUUAAUCUCAUCUAAUCAAGCAGAGCAGAAAGAACAGACACAUUAAAAAAUAAUAGAAAGCAUCAAGUCCUUAAGACAAUUUCUCUGUUUAUAAGCAAAGAAAACUAAGAAUAGACUAAACUCAAGAUCAGUGCUGAAGAAAGAGAUCCAUAUUUAAGUCUGGCUUAGAUCAAAAGCCAAUUAUGAGAAUUUCAUUAUAAUGUGUAGCUAACAUGCAUAUACUAGGGCAAGUUCUUAACUUCUGAAAAAUGUUAUGCUGGCUACUCAGCAAAAGAAAAUUAAUAAAGAUUUUCCUGUUUUUCCUGUCAGGUGAUUAAAAACUUGAAAAGGUAUCCCUCACCCAAAAAGAAGUUUUUAUUACUCUAUGCUGCAGAGUAUAUUAGCCAAUACUCCUUAUACCUGCACUUAGUUGAUCUUGAUGAACUGAAGACUUAAGUUAAUCACAUUCAGCAGUCCUUUUCUGUUUAGAAACAAAAUGAGUUGCAAAUAAGUUUAUAAAAAUCUGAAGUUUGACUUCCAGAUUAUUGUACAGUUUUUUUCCUAUUAAAAUAUGAAAAAAUAUAGUUUCUUAUUUAAAAUUAGUUUCUUUCCAAACUUCAGAUAAUGUUUUAAGGCCUCAGAAACAAAACUACACAUUCCUGAGACCUAAGCAGGACACAGUUAAGGGUUUGGAUACAUUUUUCGAAAUAUAUAUAAUUGGAAUGUAUCCUGAAUCCAGAGACUGGUAUUAAUACUUCUUCAUUCAGGCAUAUACAUGUUAAUAUGUACAAAACUGUGUCUCCAUGAUUUGUGAGCUUCUCCAUUAAUGACUUGCUAGACUUCUGUUAGUCUGAAUAGAGCAUUUUUUACUUUUUGCCCCUUUGUUUAAACAGUAUGAAUAUUGUGUUACCAUGCAUUUUUGCUGUUCUUGCAAGCAGAUUUUUUUUAAAUAAGGAACCAUCAGCAGAAGCUGUGGUGUCACUUGACAAGUAGUAAAAAUAUAAUUGCAUAAGAGAAAAUCUUUAGUACCAUGUUGAAAGGUCAAGUUACUCUUAAAACUUUUAAGUCAAGAAUCUGGCUAAACUGACAGAUGCUUAAUGUAAAAUGUACUUAAACGGAGUGGUGGGAGCACUAUGUUAUUGCUGUUGACAAGUAAAGAGAAACUGGCUUUCAAGGAAUUGGAAAUAUGUGAGACUUGUAUAUUUUUAGGGUUUAUUUUUUAAGGGUACAUCUAGGGGCUGAGGUAUUUUUCUCGGUGGAGGGGCAUCUCCAUGCCCCUCCUGUAGGCCUAAGGAUCUCAUGCCGUUUUGGCCAUCUACCAUUUAAGUCUCUCUAGCUGCCAUCUCCACCAUUGUAGCUUUCUCUUGGCAGAUUCCUCCAGUGACUUUUAAUUUACCAUUCUUGAAUUACUGAAGCACUCCCUCAUUUGCCAAAAGGGUGAGCAUGCUGCUUCUGAAUGAUGUAUUAGCUUGAUAAGAAGCUACACAAAUCCUUUUUAGUCCUUAACAAAUCCUUAAGUUACAGAUAUGGGUAAAUCAGUCAGAAGUCAAGUCAAAUGUCUAACUUGUAUGACUGUUAUAGUACAGUUGUAGCACAUUUUCACUAUUUAUCAAGCAUUUGAAAUCUCUUAUGUAAAUAGCUGAGGUCACUAUCUUGCUUAUGAAAGGGAAUAUUAGGCUGCAAGUUGUGUAGCUAACAACUUUUUUCUGUGUCCGGAAUUCCAUUUGUGCAGCUCUGUUCAAGACAAGGAUGACACUGUAAAUACAGGCCACAAUUCAAGUAGCUAAUUAAUAAAUGUGAUACAACUGCCUCUUAGAACACUGCUCAAUCUUUCUAGCAGAGGUCUAAAAUACUGCAAGUGGGCAGAGAAAGGAAGGGUUCAAAACGGUAACCUACCAAAUCAGUCUAAUGGAGGAUGAAUUAAUAUCAAAGCUAAUAAGUAAAAUUGAUGCUUUACCCUUGAAUAUACACAAAAUGAAAUAAAACUAUUAGGAAAGAUGGCAUCAAAACUUCCCAUGUAAAUACAUCUCAUUAUUUUGAAGCCCUUUAAUUUAGUAAAUAUGAUUAUCCCUUUUGGGUUUGUUUUAUAUGCAUUUUAUUUCCUGGUAGAAUCUGCUGCUCUUCCACCAUGUUCUUUUCAUUAAAAAAGGACCAAUGCAUUUUUCAAACAGCAUAAGGCUGUUGUCAAAUGUCCUGUAGCUAAGAGAGAAAUCUGACUAACUUGAUGUCUUCAAUUAAAUAAAGGAUGUAGAAUAUUAUAUGUCAAUAUAAUUGUUUUGUUGCUGCCAGAAAAAAAAUAAGUAUAAUCCCAAUUUUUUGUAAAACGGGGUUUUGCAUACAUUUUUACUCUUUAAAUAAAGACACUUAUACUCUGCUAAUAAUUAUGUAUUACUUUUGUUUUGAAUUUUUUUGGUAAUUUUACAUGAAACAAUUAUUUUCUAUUUUUACUCUGAUAAAAUAUUUGUGCAUAAAAUGUCAACAUAGUAAAAUAAAAAAAAUAAAACUGUUGCACAGCUUA